UGAACCAUCUACAUUUCCACGCUCUCAUUGAUUGAUUUUCAUAGACCAAAGAUAAAUUAACCCAAUUAAUUAGACAAUAUGAAUGCUUCAUCCUUAACCUCAAACCUAAGCAUUUCAAAUUCAAAGCAAUUUCAUCACCUUAGUAAACAGCUAAGACCUUCUCACGUUCACUUUGCAACAAUUUCAUGUAGAGCAACAAAGCUAGUGGAAGAAACCAAGAAUGGAUCAAAUUUCUACAAAAUGUUGUCGGUAAAUCCGAAAAGUGCAACAAUGGAAGAUAUAAAGAGAGCUUAUAGAUCAAUGGCACUUCAGUAUCAUCCUGAUGUGUGUCAUGAUCCUUCCAUGAAAGAGGAAUCAACUAAAAUAUUUGUUCGGUUAAAUGCAGCUUAUGAAACUUUGUCGAAUCCUAUGCUUCGUGAACAAUAUGAUAGUGAAUUGGGUUUGAGAAAUAAUAUGAUGAAUAAUAAUAAUAUUGUAAAUGAAGAGAUAUGGAGAAGUAGGUGGCAAGAACAAGUGGUUGAGUUGAAGAAAAGGUCUAAUAGACGUAUGGAACAAAGAGGAAGGUCUUGGGGUAGCACUAGCAGAAUGAGGACACAAAGCAUGAAAGAUCGAAACUAGUUAAUUAAUUAGUGAUUAGUUUAUUGCUCUGAUUUGUGAUUAACUUGUUGCUAUUUUCUUUGAUCUAUAGGUUUAAUUCUUUCAUGUAUAAUUUUAAAUGAUAAUUAAAAUGUUUAAGGAAGUUUUGUCUUGAACAUGUAUUAAAA